GAGAUCGGGAGAUACAGGAUGCUAACAGGAUUUAUUCUAGGGUUUUUCAUCUUUCCCAUUCACGGAUUCUUGGAGGGAUGCUGUUUGGGAGACAUUAAAAGGAAAAGACCUGAUCUUGGUAGGAAAACUCCACGCCGCUACAGAGCUGUGGAGGGGGAAAUCUUUCUGGUGACGUGCUUCGAUGCGGAGGUGAAGUGCUUCAGGACCGGAGAAGGAAAUGAAAGCACAUCCUUAGAAUGUGGGAAGGAGUUCCUGGCUGAGGCAAAACACUCCGGAAAUUACACAUGCAGUGGCAGCAAGUUGUUCUUCCAUCUACAGGUGGUGCAGAGAACCAGUGUGGGCUGCUUCCAGACUCACAGGAACAAUGUAAAUCUGCCUGUGACUCAAGGUGGCAAGAUCCCAUGCCCAGGUCUCCGCUGUGGCACCAACACAGACGUCACCUGGUACACGCGAGAUCAGCAUGUGGAUGAGCAGCAUCAAAGCUCCUGUCAGGAGAACGGGCAUUUACAGCUCUGCGAAGUCCGAACAGAACAUACUGGAAUAUAUUUCUGUGAUAAACAAAUAAGUGAGCAAGGAGUCAGAUGGACCUUCAGGACGGCUGUUGAAGUCACAGCUAUAAUAAGAGACCCUCCCAGAAUUAGCCCUUAUGAUGACAACACAGCAGAGGUGGAGCUUGGUCGGCCUAACACUCUGCUGUGUAAAGUAGUAUUUCAUAAUGAGGUUUCCAAGUCGAGGUUUGCAGUGCAGUGGUUCAUAAAUGAUGGUGACAAAAUGGAGAAAAUUAUCACCAAGGUGGAAAGAGAACAGAAUGAUCAGGUGAUAGGAAGAGCCAACAUAACUCCACAACACCUGGAGCACACAUACACCUGCAUCGCCAACGAUACCUUCGGAACCAGCAAUAUCACCAUCAAGCUCAAGGAGAAAGUUAAAGACUGGGUUCCAGUGAAAUGGCUGCUGGUUGGAUAUCUCACUGCACCUCUGCUGCUGGUAGCUGGACUGGGAUUUGUUUUGCAUGAGAAAUGGCUCGAAAUACAGCUCAUCUACAGGUCCCACUUCCAGUCUGGGAAAUACGAUGGAGACGAGAAGGAGUUUGACGUGUUUCUGUCGUAUGUAUGGAGCCCUUCUUCAGCAGAGAUGGAAGGAGGUUUGACCCCUGACCUGCAGAAAGACCCUGAUGAUGAAGCAUGUUUAGGACGGAGGCCGCUAGCAGAGCAGCUGCCUGCAGUGUUAGAGGAGCUCUGGGGCUACCAGCUCUGCCUGCUGGACAGGGACAUGCUGCCUGGAGGAGUAUAUACAGAUGAUGUGGCCCUCGCAAUCCAGAGAAGUCAAAUGCUGAUCUGUCUCCUGUCAGCGGACUUCCUCUCCAGCAGCAGCGCUGUGUUUGUUCUGGAAUCAGGAGUCAAGGCUUUGCUACAGAACUCCAGCAUCAAAGUGCUGCUGAUCUGGACGAGCAGAGCAGCGAGCCUCUCCCAGCUGGACCCGCCGCUGCCCACGCUGGUCCUCCGGGCCCUGAAGGUGCUCCCCACGGUGUUCUGGCCCUCGGGCCGGCCCGCCACCGCCACCACACACUUCUGGAGGUCUUUGAAGAAAGCCGUGCCCAAACACAAGGUGAAGCUGGUUUCUGUCAUGCAGGAACAAUAAUUAAAAUGUGUUGCCAAAAAUGCUUUUUUCUUAAUGAUUUACAGCAUAGUUAUUUAUUUAUUUAUUAAUGCGGCUUGUAUUGUAUUCAGCACAAUGGAACUGCAACUGUUUGUGUGCAAGUACAAGGCAUGACUGUGUCAUAGUGAUGUCCAAGAUGCCAAAUCAUUAAGCCUUUUUUUAUUUAUUUAAUGUGUAUUUUUUUAAAUGUAGGGGAAAAGUGAGUCACCCUUUGUGCCAUGUUUGGGGUCCAGUGGUGGUGUGUCUUAUUAGCUUUAAUUUUUGUAUUAAUAUUUUUUAUAUUAUUUUUUUAUCAUCUGUAAAAAUAGUAAAAAGAUAAGUUAAGUUUUAAUUUAAUUACCUAUCGACUCUAAAAGCAUUAAAAAGAAAAUACACAAUAAACAGAUGGAUGCUAUUACCUUUAAUGUGGCUGCUUGUCAGAAAGGUUCAGAACAGAAAACUUCUGCUGUGUAGUUCAUUGUGUACUCAGAAAUAAACAUUUGACACAAUA